AUGAAUAUGGUGGAUAUGACUGACUUUAACCUCAAUCUUGAUAAGGAUUAUGGUUGUGUUCAAAUGGAUGGGUUUCAUACCGGGGUUGGGACAAAUGAUGAACAUGAGGACAUAGAAGUCAUUGACAAUGAUAGAUGGGAUUCUUUAGAUGAAGGGUCAGAAGAUGAAAGGAAAAGAAGAUGUGUUCUUAAAAAUCUGGCUAAGGAGAAAAGAUGCAGUCUUGGCAAUGUCCAUAAGGCCAGUUUUUAUGUUGGGCAAAAGUUUAAAUCAAAGAAAGAAUUGAAAGAAAAAAUUGACAUGCACGCACUAGAAACUAGGAGGAAUUUAUAUUAUAAAAAGAAUGACAAGCUUAGACUUCGGGCAUUGUGUAGAGGUGUAGUCCCUGUCAUCAAUGCAAGUGGGGUGGUGGGCCUUAAUACCAAAAAUAAAAGCAAGGGCAAAGAGGUAAAUUCAGAAAAAGUAAACUGUAGUUGGUUCCUUCAUGCUUCUAGGUCAAACACAGAAUCUCCCUGGUUUGUAAGGACAUUAAAUGACAACCAUACUUGCCUUCAAAGUAAGAAGAUUAGAGCUUGCACUACUACUUUUAUAUCCAAGCGAAUCAUGGACCAAAUCGACACGAAUCCAGGGAUUCCUCUUCGAGCAUUGCAGGAACAACUUCAAAAGGACUUCGAGGUUGGUGUUUCUAUUGACAAAGUAUUCAGGGCCAAGGCUAUUGCAACUAAGAUCGUGGAGGGUGACUAUACGAAACAAUAUGAGAUCUUGAGGGACUAUGUCCUUGAAUUGCAAGCAACCAAUGUUGAAAUAACUGUCAAGAUUGAUGUUUACAGUGAACAAAACCCAUCAAACCCAACGAGGAGGUUUAAAAGAAUCUACAUUUGCUUAGGUCCCCUGAAAAAAGGUUUUAAGGCUGGCCUCAGGGAUCUUUUGGGUUUCGAUGGUGCGCAUAUGAAAGGACCAUUUCCUGGGCAGGUUCUAACAGCAGUUGGGUUGGACUCUAACAAUGGUAUUUACCCCCUUGCUUAUGCCAUUAUUGAGACAGAGAACAAAAGUAGUUGGGUAUGGUUCUUGCAGUGUUUAGGAGAAGACUUGGAUCUUGGUUCAAACUCUAACUUUACUUUUAUCACAGAUCGACAAAAGGGUUUAAUACCAGCAAUAGCCCAACUAUUCCCAUGUGCUGAGCAUAGGUAUUGUCUCAGGCACAUACAUCAGAACAUGAGAGUGAAAUGGAAAUUGAAAGAGUACAAGGAUCAUUUAUGGAGAUGUGCAACUGCAACCACUGUACCUGCAUUUGAACAUUGCAUGAAAGAAUUUAGCAACUAUGACAAGGAGGCAUGUGAAUGGCUUAGAAAGAUUCCUCCAAAACACUGGGCAAGAAGCCAUUUUACAGGUAGAGCACUCUCUGAUAUACUGUUAAACAACCUUUGUGAGGUAUUUAACAACAAGAUAAUAGAGGGAAGAGAUAAGCCUAUCAUAGGUUGUUUGGAGUAUAUUAGACAAUACCUGAUGAAGAGAAUUUGUAAUGUUAUGAAGGUGAUGGACAAGGAAAAAGGGCCUUUAACACCCACUGCAACAACCAUAUUGGAUGUAAACAAGUCUCAUGCAUCACAUUACAUUGCUAGGUGGAAUGGGGGUGAGAAAUACCAAGUCACUGGGGCAUGGCAAGAUCAACAUGUUGUAGAUGUUAGGAACAACACAUGUACUUGCAGGAAGUGGGAGCUAAUAGGCAUCCCAUGUAAACAUGCCAUUGCAACCCUUUAUGAAAUGACCAAGAACUCAGAGGAUGUUGGUGACAUUUACAGGUGGGUCAAUAAGGUAUACUGGUUGGAUACAUGGAAGAGUGCAUAUUCCUAUAAGGUAGAGCCCAUAAAAGGAAGAAUAAUGUGGCCUAAAAGUUUGUGUCCCACCACACUUAUCCCUCCAAUACAUCAUAAGCAACCAGGUAGGCCUACAAAGAAGAGGAAGAAAAGUGAGGAUGAAAAAUUGAGUCAGAGUCAAAGAGGGAGUCAAAGUCAGAGUGGUACUCAUGGUGUAAGUCAGGAUGAAGGCUGUAAAGUGGGUCCUGAUGGAGUUCAAAAAUUAACAAGGAAAUAUGUCAGUGUAACAUGUGCAAAAUGCAAAAACAAAGGUCACAACUCAAGGACAUGCAAAGGUCAAGGAGGUGGAAGUUGA